AUGGGGCGCCAUCACCACCACAGCUGUCGGGACUGUGGGAGCGAUAGCCCUUACGAUGAUCCGUUCUUGGCGUGCUGCUGUUGUCCCUGCUUUGUGCUGACCUUUCUGUUCCGGGGGAUCGGGAGGUGCUUGUUCGUGGCUUUCCACCCUGUCUUGCGGUGCUUUGGCCUGGACGAGCACAGACAUCACCAUCACCACCACCACCACCACGACCAUUUCCAUUGA